AUGGGUCGUAAGAUACCCGCUAAGAAGCAUAGAGGUGUCAAAGAUCCACUCGUUCAACAAGCAAGACGUUUACAAGACUUAAAAACAAAAAUAAAUGCACCGCCUAAAGAUCCAGAUGAGCAGCCAGUGCCGCGGUCAUUGACUCGCUUAUUCGCUUUCCAGGAUCGAAACAAAUCAAAAGAUGCAAAAAAUAAAAUAAAGCGAUAUAGUAGAAAAGACAGUGAUAGCGUGAGCUCGUACCGUGAUAAUCCAAUUGCCAAAUUACAGAAACUGCCAGGUGAAUCAGGACGAGGAUUCUCCUUACGAAUUAAUAGUGCAAUAAAAGCUCUUCACAAUCCAGCACUGGAAGAAGAUUACCCUCAAGAUAUUGAUGCAGAAGAUGUAAAAGGAGAGCAGAUGGCUUUACAACGAGCCAGACGCAAAAAGAAACAAAAGAAAAUGGUUGCAACGGACAACGGUGAGGAAGCCACACCAAAAUUAAGUCGUGCACAGAAACUAGCUCUAAAGAGAAAAGCCAAGAGGGACAAAGCUUUGGAGGAGCGCGAAGGUGGCGGUGAGGUUCGGUACGAGCGCGUGGCGUUCGGCGAGGUGGCGCACGCGCCGCCGCCGCUGCCCGUGAAGCCGCGCCGCGCGCGCAACGAGCUGGGCGCGCCGAGGCCGGGCCGGAGGGAUCUGUUGCUGAGCGCCAUACUCGCAGGCAAGAACAGCGAGAACAGCAAAAACAGCAAGAACAGCAAGAUCAUGGAAACCGUUACAAAGAAAGGAAAGAUUAAGAAAAGCAAGAAGGAAAAGUUGCCAGCAGUGGAGUUGGAACGUCGUGAGCGUGUCCGUCUUGAUGCGGUCGCCGCCUACCGCGCGCUGAAGAAACAGAAGAUGCCUCUCCGCACGAACACACACGUCAACCUCCUCACCUGA